CCGUAGCUAAUACAUGCGGCCUUCUUUCUGACCGGUGAUUUUCCUGAUAUAUCACAUGGUUGAUGACUUUGACGACUAAGGUCGCUAAUUCACUUCCGCGUCCAUUCUUGCGCCAUCACUUAGUACAGAUUUCAACGUGUUCGUGAGCCACUUUACCCCCGAUUGCGUUGUUUGCUAUCGGUACAUUACGGGACUGAUCAAUGGAAGUAACGCAGUCACAAGAGUUAAUCAUUCGAGACCCUAUACAAUCCACCACCGUAAGUAAAUGCCAACAGCAGCCGACUUAGCGAUGCGGGCCUGGUUUUAAAUCGCCUGUCUUCCAAUUUGAUACGUUACUGACAUCCCAGCCUUUCUAUUUGUGUUCUUUAACAUCCAGAUUUCGACCCUUCUUUACGGCUGAUCUUGGGGUAUAUGAUCUCCGAAUCGAUUUCCGCGCGCAGCUUUGGUUGCUGCUCCAUCAUACACUGAAUGUGACUUCCCUCAUCAUCAUCUAGUCAUGCAGCCAUACAUAUAUUGCCAUCCUCAGUUCCAGUCCCCCCAUACACACAUCAUGAGUCCCUAUAUCCACUCCCACUCUCCCGAUAGCGCCUACUCUUCCGACGGCUUAUACUCCCCUGCCGAACGUUACCAGCCGAAGUACGAGUCCUCUGCGACCGUACCAAGGUUCAACUCAUGGUCAGCUUAUAGUCAUAUUUCGAGCCUGUUACGUGCUCCCCACCAUGUUUCGUCCAUCAAUCCUAAAGUCACGAUUUUAACGACACAACCAUCCCUGUCCUCCGACAUUAACACCCCUUCGUCUGCGUCGACGCAGUCAUUGCAAACGCCGUCCUCCCCAUUUGUCCACUAUCCCGACAGUCGGGAAGACAUGGAUUUUGAUGAUUCUGACUCCGAAGAUGAGGACGCCGAUUUUGACAUUGAGGGGAUGGACGGGAUCGAAGAAGAAACUAUGCCGUUUUACGGUGUAACCAUGCCUCAAGUUAUGAAAUCUACCUCUGCGCUGGAAGGUGCGCUGGGGGAAAGUUCACGGUCAUCUGGCCCCUGGUGGCCGCAGCCAUCAUCGUCAUAUAUGCUUUCAGACCGGCGAAUGUCCGUGUCUGCGCCUGGAUAUCCUACUUCGUCUCAUCGACAAAUACCCUCCCAUGCACAGCGACGGCAGGACAGUGAUAUGUAUUCCCCAAGACCUCAUAAUGAUUCGUCACCAACAUCAUCUUCAUACCCUCAUCACAGCUCUUCAUAUACCCAGGACAGCUCGAAUUCAAUGACUACAUUAUUCGCACCCACUUCCGCAUUGUACCAAAAAUCGUCAUCAUCUCUAGCCGAUGCAAUUCCACUCGGCCUUACACCUGGGGCAACACGAAAUUCAUCCACCCGUCUGCCCAUUUUGCAACCGCAACCAAUCCGCCCAAUCCCCCCCAUUCCUUUGGACGAAUUAGCAUCGUCCGCUGCCGAGGUUGAUGACUCUGUCUUUCCAGAUGAAGGCACUCGUAGACCUCGGGAACGGAGUCUUUCGCCUCUUCCACUUCUUUGCCAACCAGUCUCCGAUGCCGUGAGGUAUCAGUUGAAGCUUCUAUUCAACCUCAUCAUUUUAGCCCGGCUUAUCCCCGAAACUGCUCAGGAGCUACGCAUACUCCGAUGUGUACUUGUAGGCGCGAUAGGAAAAUGAAUUUUACUUGGGUAUUUGAUCAGGCCUAGUAACUAGAUGACUAUAUAAUUGGACCGGGCAUAGUUUAUUGCAUGUCUUCAUUCCAUUCGGGGCUCGUUAAUAGUUACUUAACCUAGUGAUAUUAUGGACACAUACAAACAAAACGUGAAGUAGACUAAAUAACAGGACUAAACGAAAAGAGGGCUGAAAAAAAAACAAGGCAACUGCGUUCUGGAUCAGGGUAACCUUUUAAUUAUUAUUAUUGGCAAA